CCAGUGACAACACAGUUAGAAGCUUCGCAUUUUUACCCUUUUGACGCUGCCAAUUUGUUUCCCACCUGGUUGACCCAAGACCUCGUAGUCAGCGGAGUACAGAUCGAGGCGCUCGAUUUCUCCUGUGAAUCAUCUCAGUCGGGACUGGAUCGCAAAUACCCCCCCGCCUUUGGCAAACGUCACACAGCGGUUCCUGUGUCCACGGACAUACCUCGCGAGACACCUUCCUCCCAUACCCAUCCUGUGCGAACCUGCUCCGACCGAAACCGAACCGAAUCCGAAAUACUAUCUUGAGGAAGACGGGUGCUUCACGAGGAACAGAGACGGAAAAAAGCCAUGGAGUCCGAAACGCUGGAGCAGAUGCAGACGCGGCACCGCAAGGAGCAGCGCGACCUCGUGGGCCGGAUCACGAGCAAGAAGAAGAACGCGACUAAAAAGACGCGCAAGGGCGUGAAUGACGAGUGCGCUGAGCUGGAGAGGCAGUUGAAGGCGAAGCAUGAGGAGGAGGUGGCUGAGUUGUCUGGUGGUGGUGCUGAGGAGGUUCAAGACGACGACGACGACGAGACUGCCGAGGUUGCGGAGAAGUUGAAGGAUACCACCAUUUCCGAAUCCGAAACGCCGAUAGGAGAAGAGAAGGAACGAACACAAAUACAAGGCCAAGGUCAAGGGAAGAAGCGCAACAGACAAAAAGAGCGCCUGGCGCGGCGGGCGGCCGAGGUCGAGGCCGCGGCGGAGAAGGCGCAGGAGGAGGCGAGCGGAAUGACGGACCACCGGGGCAUCGAGAAGACGUACAUGCUCAAGGAGUUUAAAGCCAACGGGCUCGAGGAGAAGGAGAUUGCGCCGGACGGGCACUGUUUGUUUUCUGCUGUGGCGGAUCAGUUGCGGCAGCAGGGGAUUCCACUCGCCAGUGCUGAGGAAGCGAGUAGUGGUGGUGACCCGACGCAGAAGCUCCCGUACAAGGUUGUGAGGAGGGCGGCGGCGGAGUACAUGACGGCGAACCCGGACGAUUUUGCGCCGUUUUUGGAGGAGGGGUUGGAGGGGUACGUGAGGCGGAUCCGGGAUACGGCGGAGUGGGGUGGGCAGCUUGAGCUUGCGGCGCUGGCGAGCGUGUAUGGGGUUGAGAUUCGGGUUGUGCAGGAUGGGAGGACGGAGAGGAUUGGGCCGGCGGCGGGUGGUGGUGAGAGUGAGGAGAAGAAGGAGAUUUGGUUGGCGUAUUAUCGGCAUGGAUAUGGACUUGGCGAGCAUUAUAAUUCUUUGCGGAAGACGACGGCGUGA